AAGAUCUGGUGCCUGGCAGAUGGAGGGCUGCCUGGCAGCUUCAUGAGGAGUAAGGACUCCAGCUGCCAGCCACAGGACCUGCCCAGACCUGGAGUGUGCAGCCUGGGCCACCCAUAGUGUGGGUGGAGAGGCAGCCACACCUCUCCCAGAGGCCUGCCUCACUCAUGAUGAGAACAGUGUUGGGAGGCUGAGUGCAGAAAGAAGCCUGUACAGGGUUCCCAGCCUGCAGGCCUCUUCGAAUGGGACCCGAGGUCUUGUGAGGAUGCCUAGGGGCCACUUCCUGGGUGAGGGAAAGACAGUCCAGAUUCUAAUCCAUGAUUUGUCCCAGCAAAGGUCCUCAGAGUCCUUGUCACCUGGUGGGGGGGGGCAUGACGGAUUCUGGCUGCUAUCUGCUACCUUGAGUAAGGAAAGACGCUGGGCCAUGAGGGUCUUGAUUACCAAUAUUUUUUCCUGAAAAAUCUUUUUCCCACUAUAGAAGAAACCUCUAGUUCUCUCCUGGCUUAGUUUGUUGAGGACAUUAUAGCUGGGGCAUCUCCAGAGUUCCUCUGCUUUUCCUAGGAUCUUUCUACCACUGGCCACCCCAUUUCUUCUGCAUAGUCUCUCUGUCAGCACACCCUCCAUUCUCCAAAUACUGUCACUCCAGUUUAAUUCCAAGGCAUCAAGAUUUCCAGUUUGGGGGCUGAAGGUGUAGCUCAGUGGUAGUGUGCUUGCCUACUAGGUUUGAUCUCUGGGGUCUUUGCAGGGGUACCCCACUUACUGCUCUCCUUCCUCCAUUUCAAUCAGAGAAAGGCUCCUCUAUUGACCAACGCUGCAUGUUGCUUUGCAUUUUGCAUUUAGAUCUGGUGAUUCUCCAAAGAACAGCUUCCUCUGGUGUUACAUGAGCUAAGUCCUAACUGUGCAGAGGAGUGACAGCUGAACCCUGUUACCUGAGGCUGAGCAGAAGGAUUGACCCCGGGCUUGCUGGGCAGCGGACAUCCCUGGGCCCCUCCGUCUAGGCUCCUGUGGCUGGGAGGGGCUGGGCGAGCAGGCCAGCUGGGCUAUGGUUUGGUGCCUCAGCCUGGCCUUCCUCAGCCUGAUCAUCAGCCAGGGGGCUGACGGUCGAAGGAAGCCUGAGGUGGUCUCAGUGGUGGGCCGUGCCGGGGAGAGUGCAGUGCUGGGCUGUGACCUGCUACCCCCGGCUGGCCACCCCCCUCUGCAUGUCAUCGAGUGGCUGCGCUUUGGAUUCCUGCUUCCCAUCUUCAUCCAGUUUGGCCUGUACUCUCCCCGAAUUGACCCUGAUUACGUGGGACGAGUCCGGCUGCAGACGGGAGCGUCUCUGCAGAUCGAGGGGCUCCGGGUGGAAGACCAGGGCUGGUACGAGUGCCGCGUGCUCUACUUGGACCGGCACAGCCCAGAAGAGGACUUUGCCAACGGCUCCUGGGUGCACCUGACAGUCAAUUCACCCCCUCAGUUCCAAGAGACACCUCCCGCAGUACUGGAAGUGCGAGAGCUGGAGCCAGUCACCCUUCGCUGUGUAGCCCACGGCAGCCCCCAGCCUCGCGUGACUUGGAAGCUCUGGGGACAGGACCUCGGCCGGGGCCAGGGUCAGGUGCAAGUGCAGAACGGGACCUUGUGGAUCCGGCGGGUGCAACGAGGUAGCUCUGGAGUCUACACCUGCCAAGCCUCCAACACUGAGGGCAGCGCCACCCAUGCCACUCAGCUGCUGGUGCUAGGACCCCCUAUCAUUGUGGUGCCCCCUAAGAACAGCACAGUCAAUGCAUCCCAGGAUGUUUCCUUGGCCUGUCGGGCUGAGGCGUACCCCACUAACCUCACCUACAGCUGGUUCCAGGAUGGGAUCAAUGUCUUCCACAUUAGCCGUCUGCAGUCCCGAGUUCGGAUCCUGGUGGACGGGAGCUUGCGGCUGCAGGCCACCCAGCCAGACGAUGCUGGCCGCUACACCUGUGUGCCCAGCAAUGGCCUCCUGCAUCCUCCCUCGGCCUCUGCCUACCUCACUGUGCUCUACCCAGCCCAGGUGACAGCAAUGCCUCCUGAGACACCCCUACCCAUCGGUAUGCGCGGGGUGAUCCGGUGCCCUGUUCGUGCCAAUCCCCCACUCCUCUUUGUUACUUGGACCAAGGAUGGGCAGGCCCUGCAACUGGACAAGUUCCCUGGUUGGUCGCAGGGCACAGAAGGCUCACUGAUCAUUGCCCUGGGGAAUGAAGAUGCCCUGGGAGAAUAUUCCUGCACCCCCUACAACAGCCUUGGUACUGCUGGGCCCUCGCCUGUGACACGAGUGCUGCUCAAGGUUCCCCCAGCCUUUAUAGAACGGCCUAAGGAAGAAUAUUUCCAAGAAGUGGGACGGGAACUACUCAUCCCCUGCUCUGCUCAAGGAGAUCCUCCUCCUACGCUCUCCUGGACCAAGGUGGGCCGGGGGCUGCAGGGCCAGGCUCAGGUGGACAGCAACAGCAGCCUCAUCCUACGGCCACUGACCAAGGAGGCUCACGGGCGCUGGGAAUGCAGUGCCAGCAAUGCUGUAGCCCGAGUGGUCACCUCCACGAAUGUUUAUGUGCUGGGCACCAGCCCCCAUGCUGUCACCAAUGUGUCUGUGGUGCCUUUGUCCAAGAGUGCCAAUGUCUCCUGGGAACCUGGCUUUGAUGGUGGCUAUUUGCAGAGAUUCAGUGUCUGGUACACCCCUUUGGCCAAGCGUCCUGACCGAGCCCACCAUGACUGGGUCUCCCUGGAGGUGCCUGUAGGGGCUGCACACCUUCUCGUGCCAGGGCUGCAGCCCCACAUGCAGUACCAGUUCAGUGUCCUGGCUCAGAACAAGCUGGGGAGUGGUCCCUUUAGUGAGAUCAUCUUGGCUGCGCCAGAAGCCCUUCCUACCACACCACCUGUACCCAGCCUUCCAGCAACAGAGAUGCUACCUCCCCUGUCCCCUCCUCGGGGUCUGGUGGCAGUGAGAACAUCCCGGGGGGUACUCUUGCAUUGGGAUCCCCCUGAACUGGUCCCUAAGAGAUUGGAUGGUUACAUUCUGGAAGGACGGCAAGGCUCCCAGAGUUGGGAGGUGCUGGACCGAGCUGUGGCAGGCACAGAAAUGCAGCUGUUGGUGCCAGGCCUCAUCAAGGAUGUCCUCUACGAGUUCCGCCUAGUUGCUGUUGCUGGGAGCUAUGUCAGCGAUCCCAGCAACACGGCCAACAUCUCCACUUCAGGCCUAGAGGUCUACCCUUCACGCACACAGCUGCCCGGCCUGCUGCCUCAGCCCGUUCUGGCUGGUGUGGUGGGCGGCGUCUGCUUCCUGGGCAUGGCUGUCCUCGUAAGCAUCCUGGCCGCCUGCCUCAUGAACAGGCGCAGGACUGCGCGUCGCCGGCGCAAGCGCCUCCGCCAGGGUAUGCCUUUGUCCCUGGAACCCCUCCGCUCUCGUCCCUGGCUUCCUACUUGGGGGGAAAGGUCCUCGCUUCCAUGGAGUCCAGAUCCACCUCUGAUCUUCUCCCUGCCCCGGAAGUCUGGCCCACACUCUGCUCCGGGCUCGGGCAGCCCUGACAGCGUGGCCAAGCUGAAACUCCAGGGUUCCCCAGUUCCCAGCCUGCGCCAGAGUCUGCUUUGUGGGGAACCUGUUCGUCCCCCCAGCCCUCAUCCGGAUCCUCCAUCUAGCCGGGGACCUUUACCCCUGGAGCCCAUUUGCCGCGGCCCAGAUGGGCGCUUUGUGAUGGGACCUACCAUGAGUGCACCCCAAGAAAGGUCAAGCCUGGGGCGGACGGAACUACAGGCACCAUCCCAGCGUCUGGCCCUGUCGUGUGACUGUAGCAGCAGCAGCCCCAGUGGGGCACCUCAGCCCCUCUGCAUUGCGGACAUCAGCCCUGUGGGGCCCCCUCCAGCAGUGCCACCUAGUCCCCUGCCGGGUCCUGGACCACUGCUCCAGUACCUGAGCCUACCUUUCUUCCGGGAGAUGAAUGUGGAUGGGGACUGGCCCCCUCUGGAGGAGUCCAGCCCUGCUCAACCCCCAGAUUACAUGGAUACCAGGCCCUGCCCCACCUCAUCUUUCCUUGGCCGUCCGGACACCCCACCUGUGUCCCCCAGGACAGCACUUCCUGGGGCUCUGGUAGGGGCUGGAACCAUCUCAGAAUCCCCUUACACAGCGCUGGCUGACUGGACACUGAGGGAGCGGCUGUUGCCGGGCCUUCUUCCGGCUGCCCCCCGGGGCAGCCUCACAAGCCAGAGCAGUGGACGGGGCAGUGCAUCCUUCCUGCGGCCCCCCUCCACAGUCCCCUCUGCAGGGGGCAGCUACCUUAGCCCUGCACCAGGAGACACCAGCAGCUGGGCCAGUGGCCCUGAGAGGUGGCCCCGGAGGGAGCAUGUGGUGACAGUCAGCAAGAGGAGGAACACAUCUGUGGAUGAGAAUUACGAAUGGGACUCAGAAUUCCCUGGGGACCUGGAAUUGCAGGAGAAUCUGCACCUGGGCUUGGCGAGCUCUCGGAUCCGAACUGAAGCUGAGCCUGAGUUAGGUCUGAAGACUCCAGAGGAGAGCUGCCUGCUGAACACUGUCCAUGCCCCUGGCCCUGAGGCCCGCUGUGCUGCACUUCGAGAGGAAUUCCUGGCCUUCCGCCGCCGCCGAGAUGCUACCAGAGCCCGGCUACCAGCCUAUCGACAGCCAGUCCUCCAUCCUGAACAGGCCACGCUGCUGUGAAUAUCCCUAAUGUGAGGCUGGGUGGACCUGUGCAAGGCCUAUGGACCUGUAAAACAGGCCCCCAGCAAGACCUAGCUGCAACCUUGGGCACUGCCCCCUGCCCCUUGGUGCCUAAGCACAGACCCCGAUGGCGGGCUUGGGCUUGGGUGAGCUUGCUAUGGGAUGUGUGUGUUGAACCCCCUAGGUGAGUCUGGAGUCUGGGAAUUGGGACAGGGAUCUCAGUCUGCCCGUGUGUGUGUGUGUGUGUGUGUGUGUGUGUGUGUGUGUGGUGUUUGUGAUAUGAGUGAAGAUUUUUACAGGUAAAUAAAAUCUGAAAAAUA